GUCCUCUCACGCCGUCUGCCAAAUUGAUAGAACGAGAUGACGGCGCUCAAAAAGUGCUAUUCUUGGCAUCUUUAUGAACUUUUCCUUUAUGCGACUCUCCAAGCUAAGCUCAGGCGAGUUGAAUUUUCCGGCACCUGAGGACAGCUUGAGUGCUGGUUGUUCAGGUAAAUGCUGUGUCACAUGUGUGACGUAAAUUAUGUUGGUGACUGGUGAGGUCCUCGCUGUAAUACCAGUGAGCUUGUUUCCACUGGCAUAGAAAAUGACGGCCUUUGCCACAACCAGUAUCGCUGCCACUCUCAAACCCACUUAACAUCUCUAAGCUUGAAAGUGCAGAACACUACCCUCUUAGCAUCUCUAGGCUUGCGCUGAGCACGACACUCCACAACGACUUCAGAACACGGGGUCCAUUUUCAUGGUUGAAUUUGGUGACCGGCCAAUCGGAUACUACGACGCCGUGCCAGGUAUGCAUUCAAAUGUAGAACUCGUACGUUCGCGCACCAGCGCGAUGUGCAUCAUUUUUGUUGUGUCUCUCUUCGCAUCAUCAUUUCCUUUGCUAUCAAAGCGACUCACGUUUCUUCAAAUACCUCGUAUCGUCUUUUUUAUCGGAAAACAUUUUGGAACAGGUGUCAUUCUGUCCACGGCAUUCGUUCAUCUCCUCCAAGACUCCUUUGAGGCUUUGAGGAACCCAGUCCUACGCUCUCGCUCGAAGAUAGGGGAUUUUACUGGUCUCAUUGUAUUGACCUCGCUUUUGUCCAUAUUCUUGAUUGAAUAUGUAUCCACCUCAUACGUAGACCGGCUCCAGUCAUACAGUUCACCGAUUCCAUCUCCAGAAUCGACUACCCCGAUAACUGCGUCAACGCCUAUCUCCGCGGCACUUACGCGUCGCGUUGAUACGCCCAAGCCAAUAGAAAGCUGUGCUUCCCAAUCUGAGCACACGCAUCUCAUACCUUCUCAUUCCUCACCAAGCCCUCGACGUACGCGAUCGUUCUCGUAUGGGUCUACAAGUCAACCGCAUAGGCACGAUUCCUACUUCUUCGAAGGACAUCAUAGACACGAGGCUAGGUGCUCCCAUGAUACGCACCAUGGACGCGGAUUCAAGUUAUCGUCAUCAUAUGGCCCAGAAGAAUUUGAACAGGGUAUCGUGACUGGCAUUGUGAACGUGCAUGACCGGGGGCUGCGUGCUGAGCGUGGGCAUUCACAUACGCUCGAUUCCGAUAUAGAAGAAGUUCAAGUUGGAAAGAAGAGGCAGAUUGUUGGCAUUCUCGUGUUGCAAUUAGGCAUUAUGAUACAUUCCGUUAUCAUAGGUCUAACAUUAGCAAUCACUCAGGGCUCCGAGUUCACGUCACUCCUCGUGGCAAUUAUUUUUCACCAGCUUUUUGAGGGGCUAUCGCUCGGCAUUCGGAUAGCAUCUCUUCCUUCGUCGGACAAUGGAGGCAUUAAAUAUAUGGCCAUUUUACGGUCUACUCUUAUCAUGCUUUUUGCAGUUACCAACCCUGCAGGCAUCGUAAUUGGUCUCCUAUCAUUCAAGCGGGGUCACGACAUCGUGGAAAUGCUCCUCAUUCAAGGAAUCAUGUCUGCAAUUUCCGCAGGAAUGUUGAUGUAUGCCGCGUGUGUCGAGAUGCUUGCAGGAGACUUCGUAAUGGACCCGAAUUUGUGGCGUAGUGAGGUUUGGAAGCAGGCGCUUGCGUUGGUGAGCUUGGGCGCGGGAGUGGUCGCUAUGGCACUCGUGGGGAUGUGAUGGUACCGGCAAUGUACCACAGUCGAAAACAUCUCGGUUGAUAACCUCUUGUUACUACUUUGAUAUAUGGUAUCACUUUGCUGUAUUUAUUACUGGCAUGAUUGAACACUGACAUACUGUCUGAGCUUAAGUUUC